AACACACACACACAAUCGCAUACUUGUGAAUCUCCGCCUCUGGGUCACGUGACUGGCUGGGAAGGGGGGGCUGGCCUCUCGCACUGAGCCUUAUUCCUGGCCAUAGUGAGUGGGGCUGAGAAGCAGAGAGGACAAAGUUUACAUUGUGAAGCUAAACUGCCAGAGGAAUCGAGGAUACAGAUCCUUGGGUGAAGAUGUCCAACACGGUCAUUUCCGGUACAGUGGGGGCAAUGAGAGCUGCCGCUGUGUCUAUAUCCCGCCAUCGCCUGCCCUUGCUCUGUGCCGCCGGCCUGGGGCUCACAGCCGUUGCUUCGUGGAUAUGGUGGCGGAAGCGACAAGGUGAAGAGGAGGAACUGGAACAGGUUGGCACCGUGUCUCAGCUCCUGAUAUACCCGGUGAAGUCGUGCCGGGCGGUGCCCGUACAGGAGGCUGAAUGUUCCACUCUGGGCCUGAAGAGCGGGGACCUGGAGGACCGGCAUUGGCUGGUGGUGACCGAGGAGGGCAACAUGGUGACGGGCAGGCAAGAGCCUAGAAUGGUCCUCAUCUCCGCCACCUUUCAUGGUCAUUCUUUGUGCCUUAAUGCCCCAGAGAUGCAGGAGAUUCUGAUCCAACUGCCGCUGCCCAAGACUAAUAGGGUGCUGGACUGCAGGGUAUUUGGCCACGACAUCCAGGGUAGAGACUCCGGUGAGCAGGUGUCCGAAUGGCUUACGACUUACUUCCAGAGCAGCCAACCCUACCGCUUGGUUCACUUUGAGGCCGGCGUCAUGCGACCACGGAAGUCCAAGAAGGUUGAGAAGUUGUUCCGAGAUAAAGACGUCAUUGCUUAUCCCGAUGCCAGUCCCAUCAUGCUCUUAUCCGAGACCUCCCUGGAGGCACUCAAUGGUCGCCUGGAGCAGCCGGUCUCCUUGGCCAACUUCCGGCCGUGCAUCGUGGCGUCGGGGUGCGAGGCCUUUGCAGAGGACAGCUGGGAUAAUGUGAGGCUCGGCACCACCAGACUGAAGAGAGUAAUGGCUUGUGGCCGCUGUGUAUUGACCACUGUGAACCCCGAGAGCGGAGUUAUAACCCGCAAGGAGCCGCUCGACACCCUCAGAACCUUUCGGCAGAGCGACCCCUCCCUGAAGCACCUGUACAAGAACUCGCCUCUCUUUGGCCAGUACUACGGUGUGGAGCAGACCGGCCUCAUCCGCGUGGGAGAUCCGGUGUAUCGCGUCACCAGGAAGGGCCACCACUGAGACGGCCUCGACCCAAGUAAUGGAAUUAGCCCACCUUGGCCUACGAGACCAAGUCUAACCAGGCCAAGUUAUAGAAAUGCACACUCAGAACAUAACUGAUCCAGAACCGUAAUAACCAGAUUAAAUCAAUGAAAAAUUUAGGCUCGUUGGCAAUGCUGCUUCCGACUUUACUCUAUAUAAUUCUAAUUACUGUGAGAUGGUCUAUAUCCAGGCCCUGUAUCCCAGGCAAUCGGCACAAAGACUAUGGCACUCGGCUAUACCGGGCUUCACUAACGUUACAUCGGGUGCAGAACACCCGGCUCUCAGGACCAUUGCGCCUUUUAACGCCCAACAAGAAUUGAUCUCAUCGAUGGGCAGGUGAGGAGGCAAAGAGGAGCCAGAGCUUGGCUACCUGCUGUCUUUCAGUGGCCUGAACCAUGAAAUAAAAAGGUGGCCAUUCUGUGUAUGGGCCUAUGUACGGACCUGUGUAUGGUAACUUGUUAUGGACCUGGACCUGUGAAUGCUGUAUAUGGACCUGUGAAUGCUGUGUAUGGACCUGGACCUGUGAAUGCUGUGUAUGGUAACUGGGUAUGGACCUGUGAAUGCUGUGUAUGGUAACUGGGUAUGGGCCCGGACCUGUGAAGGCUGUGUAUGGACCUGGACCUGUGAAUGCUGUGUAUGGUAACUGGGUAUGGACCUGUGAAUGCUGUGUAUGGUAACUGGGUAUGGGCCUGGACCUGUGAAGGCUGUGUAUGGACCUGGACCUGUGAAUGCUGUGUAUGGACCUGGACCUGUGAAUGUUGUGUAUGGUAACUGGGUAUGGACCUGUGAAUGCUGUGUAUGGACCUGGACCUGUGUAUGCUUUGUAUGGACCUGUGUAUGGUAACUUGGUAUGGACCUGGACCUGUGAAUGCUCUGUAUGGACCUGGACCUGUGAAUGUUGUGUAUGGUAACUGGGUAUGGACCUGGACCUGUGAAUGCUGGGUAUGGUAACUGUAUAUGGACCUGUGAAUGCUGUGUAUGGACCUGGACCUGUGAAUGCUGUGUAUGGACCUGGACCUGUGAAUGCUGUGUAUGGUAACUGUAUAUGGACCUGGACCUGUGAAUGCUGUGUAUGGUAACUGUAUAUGGACCUGGACCUGUGAAUGCUGUGUAAGGUAACUGUGUAUGGACCUGUGUAUGGACCUGGACCUAAGUAUGCUUUGUAUGGACCUGUGUAUGGUAACUUGGUAUGGACCUGGACCUGUGAAUGCUGUGUAUGGUAACUGUAUAUGGACCUGUGAAUGCUGUGUAUGGACCUGGACCUGUGAAUGUUGUGUAUGGACCUGGACCUGUGAAUGUUGUGUAUGGUAACUGGGUAUGGACCUGUGAAUGCUGUGUAUGGACCUGUGUAUGGUAACUGGGUAUGGACCUGUGAAUGCUGUGUAUGGACCUGUGAAUGCUGUGUAUGGACCUGUGAAUGGUAACUGGGUAUGGACCUGUGAAUGCUGUGUAUGGACCUGUGUAUGGUAACUGGGUAUGGACCUGUGUAAGGUAACUGGGUAUGGACCUGUGAAUGCUGUGUAUGGACCUGUGAAUGCUGUGUAUGGACCUGUGUAAGGUAACUGAGCAUUUGGCCGCCAGGCUAGAGCAGCCCACAGAUACAAGCCUGACUGGCUAAGGAACACUUUACACUAAGAAGAACCACUGACUGGCGCUCCCUGGGCCGGCCUACAGAACUGCACUUGGUACCGCUGCACAGCUUUGGAUCUGCCUGGAAACUCCUGGAAAAUGACUUGUGAUACUAAUUCUUGUUACUAUUCAGCUGUUUAACUGGACCCGCACUAGUGAUUAAUGGCAAUAAAUCCAUUUCUAAUGAG